UCAGGCACAUUAUCGGUCAAUUUAGCAGUCGGUACGGGUCCUUCACGGUGGUUUGUGUAGUUCUGUAGAGUCUGGCCGAUCUUCCGACAGGGAAGCAGUGGUGUCAAAGACAUAACACAAGUAAAGAACAUAAUGGCGUCCAUGCUGCUGAACACAAUGCGGAGCUGCUCUGUCAGCCCAUCUUGGACGGCGCGCUUCGGUGUGCGCUCUCUUAGUACCACAACACAGCUUCAGGCUCUGGCUCAGACAAAGAGCAAGAAGACUCUGGCCCGCCCUGGAGUGAAGAACAUCGUUCUGGUCGAAGGUGUCCGAACGCCUUUUCUGUUGUCUGGAACCACGUACGCUGACCUGAUGCCGCAUGACCUGGCCCGAGCAGCCCUGCAGGGGCUCCUGAACAAGACAAGUGUGCCUAAAGAUGCUGUGGACUACAUCAUAUAUGGAACGGUCAUUCAGGAGGUCAAAACCAGCAACGUGGCUCGAGAAGCAGCGUUGGGGGCAGGCUUCUCUGACAAGAUCCCAGCUCACACCGUCACCAUGGCCUGCAUCUCCUCCAACCAGGCCAUGACCACAGGCGUGGGGAUGAUUGCUGCCGGCCAGUGUGACGCCGUUGUGGCCGGCGGGGUGGAGUUCAUGUCCGACGUUCCCAUCCGCCACAGCCGGAAGAUGAGGAAGACCAUGCUGUCCCUGAACAAGGCCAAAACGGUCGGCCAGAAGCUGGGUUUGAUCGGCAGCAUCCGGCUGGCUCACCUCUCCCCAGAGCUGCCCGCCGUGGCUGAGUUCUCCACAGCAGAGACCAUGGGCCACAGCGCCGACCGGCUGGCCGCCGCCUUCGGGGUGACCAGGGUGGAGCAGGAUGAGUUUGCUCUGCGCUCACACACUCUGGCCAAGAAGGCUCAGGACAGCGGGCUGCUGGAGGACGUCAUUUCCUUUAAAGUGCCAGGCCGCGACAUCGUAUCCAAGGACAACGGGAUACGGCCCUCGUCCAUGGAGCAGAUGGGCAAACUUAAGGCCGCCUUCGUCAAGCCUCACGGCACAGUCACAGCCGCCAACUCCUCUUUCCUGACCGAUGGUGCCUCUGCAGUGCUCAUCAUGUCUGAGGAGAAAGCUCUGGCCAUGGGCUACAAGCCCAAAGCCUACCUCAGAGACUUUGUGUACGUGUCCCAGGACCCCAAAGACCAGCUGCUUUUGGGGCCGACGUACGCCUCGCCCAAAGCGCUGGAGCGGGCCGGCCUGUCCAUGAGCGACAUCGACGUGUUUGAAUUUCACGAGGCGUUUGCAGGUCAGAUAAUGGCAAAUCUUAAGGCUAUGGAUUCGGAUUGGUUUGCCCAGACGUACAUGGGAAGGAAAUCCAAGGUCGGAACACCUCCCAUGGAGAAGUUCAACCUGUGGGGGGGCUCCCUGUCUCUGGGCCACCCGUUCGGGGCCACCGGCUGCAGGCUGGUGACCACAGUGGCCCACCGGCUGAAGGCGGAGGGGGGGCAGUAUGGGCUGGUGGCGGCGUGCGCCGCCGGCGGACAGGGUCACGCCAUGGUGAUUGAGGCCUAUCCCCAUUAACAGGGACUCCUCAGUUAGAUCUUUAUCCAAAUCAUGACCGCUCCCCAACCGCUCACUAAGAAUGCAGUGUACAUACUAGCACCACUUUGCCUUGGUCCGACUGUGGAUGGAUCCAGUAAGUGCUGAAGGCCUUGAGGAGUCAUGUGUAAAUUAAACCUGGCUUGGAAGCUGCUGAAUUAUGCGGAAUGUUGUUGAGGGAUAUUUGCUUUGUUUGCGGCCUUCUUGUCAGCAUUUUCCUCUGAGUCUAAUGUAACAUAGCAAACACGAAGCGCUCGAAGGCGCCAACUGGUCCGAGAGUUUAUAUGUGCUGUAAUAUGUUUUUCUUACAAAAAAAAGUUGGAAUUAAAUUGAAUAGUGAUAAACACGGGCUUGUUUAUGGGUCUGUUGUUUUCUUUUCUUUUUUGGGAACGUCUCUUAAACAACCCUCAUUGCUUUAAACCCAAUAGUUUUAUUAUGUCCUGACAUGUAAAGCAUUAGCUCUGAAUGGUCCAAUGGCAGUCGGUCCGGUUCUAACUGGGGCCCCCUCAGCCUGGCCUGGCCUUUUGGUGUAGAUCUUGAUUGUUGCAUUUUUAGUAAUAAUAUGAAUACAUAUACAUACAAAUUUAGGGCUUAUGCAUCUUCAAACAAUGUUGGUGGUUUAUGUUUUAUUAAGCAGGCGACCUAUUGUCAGGGUAAUGUUCAGUGUGUUGGAGCCU